GCCACUUACGCGCCCUAUUGCUAGCAGCACAGCCAGUUGCAUGCAGGCGUUCAACAGCAGCGCACGCAUCGAACCAGUCGCAGCGCAGGGCUCCCGGCUAUUGGCAAAGUUAACAGUUUUUGGCGCGCAUUUCAAUCUGUUGGCCAUAUGCAGAAGUAGACACAAGUUAUUGUUGCCCCAGCUAAUUGUAAAGCGCAGUUAAGAAAUUCAUGCGACAAGUGACACUUUUUUUUGUUAAUUGAGUGAACUCUAGUUUUUUUUUAACAUUUUUGUUUACGUGUGUUUGUGUUUGUGUUUGUGUUUAGAGUGUGUGUUGGGUGUUUACUUCAAACUUUGCACAACACAACAUGUAAAUCCUUAUCAAUGGCGUCGAGCAGCAGGCCCAAAUACCGUUACAAAUCCCUUGGCGCUACCGGCACGCAACUCCAUUGGCUGCACUGCCUCCUGCGGCUUUGCUUGUUUACCCAAGUCGUUAAGCUGGGGGCACGCGCCGAGGAGGCCAGCACUUCGACUGGCAUCUCUGAAGAAUGGGGCUCCGGCUGGAAGGGCGGCACCAACUUUCUCGUAGAGGUCGAGGAAACAGCCGCCAUGUCACCAAAUGCUGCAAGUGGCAGCAGCAACACAUCCGAUGAAUACGUCGCCGAAAUAACCAACAGCCAGGAGGAGGAGCCCCCCGGGACCACCGUUGCCACAAAUGGCACAAAGCCCGAAACGGGUCCGAAGAUCAUAGUGCGCACCGAGGAGGUGCUCAUCGUUGGGCUCGUGCUCAUCCUGUGGGUGGCCGCCAUCAUGCUCUUCUUCAAUCGCUGGGGCAAGAUACGCAUGCUGGAGCCAUAUCAGCCCAAGUUCCAGCAACAGCAUCGCAGCUCCUGUCCCUUGGUCGAUAUAGAUGCGGUCGCAACGCAUCAGCGCUCCUCCGUAUCCCGCAUGUCGAUGGGCAUGGUGCACAAUCAUACUCUGAAUAUGCCAACGUGUCAAUUCGCGGCCUACAACCCGAGCCUCUAUGCAAAGGGCUACGCCUCGCAUGUCUCGCACGUGUCUCGGCCGCGCCAGAAUUCGGUAUUUGUUGGAGCCAGUACGAGUCACUAUUUGAUGCCGAGGCCGCCGAGGAAGACGCGCUCCGCCAUGGAUCUGCACUCGAUGGUGCUCGACGAGAGCGCCGAACAGGUGUAGAUAUGCAAGAGGGAGGGAGAGAGAGAGAGAGAGAGGACGUAUGUUAAGGCUAAUGUAAGCGUGUGUGAGUGAGUGUGUGUUUAUUUGUAUUGGGGGCGUGAGAGAGCACAGCUAAUGGCAUGUGUAAGUCAGGGAGUACAUAAGUAAGAGUAUAUAUCAAUAGAGAACAGAGGAUAAUAGGGAAGAGAAGACAUAGAAACAAUUGAAGAAGAGUUGUGAGAACAGCAAAAGCAGCACUGGCCAAAUGCAACAACUACUAUUUACAGCGUGUUCUUAAACUAAACGCUACACCUCUCUCUCUCUCUCUCUCACUUAGUCUGUCUAUCUCUCUCUCUCUCUUUCUGCAACUUACUCUCCCAUUUGUGCUUGUUAUUUGCUGAUGCAGCGUGGCUUUAUUCAUUUUCAAUGCCAAAACAUUUGACGCACUCUUCGGUCAAGUGUGUCAAAGCAAAGAGCUCUGCAGCUGCGAUAAGAAAGCUCGCUGCUACGCAACUGCAUUGUAAACAGUUACCAUGCAUUCUGAGCUGCUAUCAAACGUAAAAGCUAUCAGCUUUUGUCUGCCACGCUGCGUCAACGACGCUUGAAUCAAACAUAAUUUAUAGUAUUAUUAACUAGUAAAGCUAUCGAAUCUCUUUAUAUUUACCUUUACGCGUAACAGUCUCCCAAAGAACAAUUCGCACACACCAGUUUAUUUCGAUAUACCUAUAAGAAAAAUAAUGAAAUUAAGUGCUAAACAUUUAUGUCGAUUGUUGUUUUGCAAAGGCUCAAUAUAUCCCACAAACGAGUACAUAUUUUGCUAUAUCCCAACUAGAAGUAUUUUUAACUGUAUCUAUAUUAACAUAAUCGAGCUGAUUGUAAUGUUCGUAUAAGUUCCAUUUAAUGACUCACCAAAUAAAUACAUAUGCACCAAGUUCUCGUUUCUCGUUCAGUUAAACAAAUAUAUGUUUCGAGCUAGACUGAAACCGAAACGAGAAUCGAAUUCUAAUGGACAGAACCAGCGUGAACAGGACUAUAUGGAAAGAGAACGAAUGACGGCAGGGCAUCAACGAACUGAACGAAACUAACGAAUGAGAACGGUGCUCCAGCGAGUAGAACUAACGAGCACGAAUAGAAUGAACGAGAGCGAGACUAAAGGAACAAACAAAUGAGAAUAAAAAGAAAGCAAGUGAAACGAAAAGUAGACUCAAAUGAAUCAAAGUAACUAUGAAAAAAAAACAA